UGGACUAUUGUCAAUAACUGCCCCGUAACAACUGGGGUAUAACUGAUAUACCACAGAAAUAUCAACUUUCAAACUGAAUAACGUAGUUGAUUGUGAAGUGGAAUAUUAUUUAUUUAUGCGAAUUAUUAUGGAUAUUUAAGAAUACGAGACAAGGAUUGGGUUGAAGCUAAGAUUUUUUCAAAAGCAGUGGUUACGAGAUAGUCCUAAUUCAUGUUGAAACUUGGUGAAAACAAACUGUGGUUAGAAAAGGAAGGACAGUAUGUAUUGUUUGUUAUAGAAAAUAAUAUGGAUUAGAAAUAAACAGACAGAAAAUCUGAAAUAUAUUUAUAAUAUUUUCAGUACAAGGAAAUAAUUAAUAACGAUUUAAAAUGGUGUCAUUAGUGUAUGCAGAUUUCUAUGAAGGCGAGUUGAAACGCCGACUGGAGAAACUGUCACGUGUUUAUGAUAUGGCGACCAUGAAGAUAUUUAUAGCGGUAGAAGCGGUUGGUGAAAACCUGAUGUACAACACGUAUAGUAAAGAGAAACAACACAGAUGGGAAUUCUUCAUAACACGUCGCGAGGCUUGUAGAUUAGAUUUAGACAAACAUGACAGAACACGUGAAAAAUAUCUAUACUUCCUCCUACAUAUUCCCGCCGAAAUCCAAGGUCAGCAAUUCCAUUCGGCCAUGUUGAGUCAGCUGCAUUCUCGUGGUGCUCUUGAUGCGUUUCAUUAUCUUACGUUUACCAAAGAAGAGGACGCAGCAGCGUCGUUCUGUGGGUAUUUGUGUCGUCUGUUCGCGAGGAAAAUAGAAACUUGGUUUGAUUCAUUUGAGGCUCUCGCUAUUCAACUAACUGCGCAUGUCAAAGUUUCAAAUAUGGUGCGCGUAUUAUCGGGUCAAAUUGAUGCAUUAUGUCGGAGGAAAGGAAAAUUACACGUGAUGAACAUUAAGUCAACGGGACUUUCAACCCCUAGACCCCUUGAUAUUGCCGAAUUGUGCUUAGCGAAAUGUAUGGCUAUUCAAAACGGAUUGGCGUCACCAAAUGAGCUACGUUUAACCGUUUUAAUAUGCCAUUUUACCAAUGAUCGUCCGAUUCUCAGAUUAUGGGAAUACCGACCCUCGGAGGAGAUGGAACGAGCGAUCCGUGAAGCGGACAUUGAUAAGAUGAUUGACGCAGGAAAGUUGACACAAUAUCACGAAUACUGGAAAGGAAAUGUUCAUCGUUUUACAGAACUGGUCCAUGUCUAUGUUUAAACUGUUCAUUUGGAAGACAACAUGUUUUAAGUGCAGUAAACAUACAGACCAUCUUCAUGAGUAGCAAUCCAGACAAGUUCUAUUAUUAAACCUUGCAGUAACAAUCUUUGGGUUCGAUUGGAUGCGAUCAACCAUGACAAUAUAACCUAACGAGAAUCUAUUGUUAGACAUGUUGGGGAUGUCAUUUAAAAUUUUGCAUACGGACAAUUCACCUGUCGCGAACUUCUAUUUUGUAAUGUUUAACACCACCAAAAAGUGGACUGAUUGUUCAACUUUGUUAUGUGGAUGUGGUUAAUGUAACCAAUGAAACAGGGGUUAUGCAGGCCUAAUGUCUAUGAAGCAGACAUGUCUGUUGAAUGAAUGUAAAAUAUAUACGCAAAGGAACUUAUUUUAUUGCUAAUUUACAGGUUUUACGCAAGAAGACUCGCAUCCAUAAAAACGUUCAUGUUCUUGCCAGUAAGCGCUUCCAAUACCGUAGUCCCUAUGUUAUGGUUCCUGAAAAUUUUGUGCUUUUUUUAUGUCAAUAUUUCAGAAUCUGUAUUGCAAAUUGAUGUAGUGAUAUUAAUCUUACAAACUGAAGGCGAUCUAUAUAGUGAAAAUAGUCAUAAAAAUUGCGGAUAAUCUAUAUUGAAAAUUUACUUAAAGGCUCAAUACCACUCUUGUUGUAACUGAAUAAUAUGUCCCAAUCUUUAUUCUGGUCAACAAAUUGUACUAUUUUACAAUAUUCCAAUUAAUUGAUGAUACAAAUUUCAUCUUAACACACCUAAUUUAAAAAAUUGGAAAAAUUCAACUAAAUGAUUUGAAAAGCCUGACGUAAAGCUUUUCAAAUGAGACUUGGAUUUAAAAAAUAUUUAUGAACCCUUUGGACGAGUAAAAUAGCAUUUAAUGGAUAAUUUACACAACAGGUAGGACACUAACACAUCUAGUACUUAGAAUAAGGCUAUUUUUUUUAUUUUCUGGACCUGUCAAGCCAGCAAGAGUGUUAUUGUCCCUUUAAAAAUUGCGGUUAAUCGAUUUUGAAAAUUGUCAAUUGAGGCCAAUCUUUAUUGAAACUUUUCUGAUAAGGUUGAUUUAUAUAGUGAACAUUUUCUUGACUUCAACCCAUAGUGAAAAUAAUAUUAUACAUUGAGGUCAAACUAUAGUGGAAAUAAUCUUAUAAACUGCGGUCGAUCUAUACUCUUCAAAAAAAGUAGGGGAUAUUGAAAUGCAAAUACCUAUGCAGGUUGUGAUAUGAUAAAUAGUCAUGGACACUUGGCAUGCUUUGAGAGUAUGUUCACAGAUGAAGAACUUAUCGCCCCAACAGAACCACUGAGCUGCAUGUGCGACACGCAAUAGCGCCAUACACGUGGGAGGGGUUCAUUGUCAAAUUUGACACUUCAAGGAAGGGUUGAUGAAAACUGCCGCUUGCUGGUUUAUUUUAUCCAUGUUUGCUUUCCUAUCGGUUCUUGCAUAAGAUUUACUGUUUAGCGUAUCUUUGCUUCAGUGUGUUACUUUUAAUUUGAUCGGGAGACGUAUUCGUCAACGUCAACCAACAACACUGCAAGAAUUGGCCUUGGCACUGUAAGAGGAGUGGGUCAGAUUGCCCCCAAUCGUGAUUGGAUGGUUGAUUAGGAGCAUGCCACGACGAAUUGCUGAAUGUCUGAGGAUUGAUGGAGCAAUUACUCAUUAUUAAGACAAAAAUCAAAAACGUCCAUUUUCACUUUUGACAGUGUAUCUCUUUGCGAGUGUAAUGGGGCCGCCAGAUAAGCCGCCCAUAUGAACUGUUUAUGUUCAUGUGUAGGCAAUUAAAUUGGCCUGUUAUCAACAUUCACUGGUUACCUCUAAUAAAAACAGCAGUGCAUUUCGGCAGGUUUGUAUUGUUUCUGAAUAUCCCCUACUUUUUUUUUGAAGAAUAUAUAUUGAAAAUAUACAGGUCACAAUUCUGUGGAAUACAUCUGCUUAUUUCUGAGCAACGUUUCAACUAGGCCUCUCUAGUCGUUAUCAAGCAACGUUUCAACUAGGCCUCUCUAGUCGUUAUCAAGCAACGUUUCGACUAGGCUUCUCAGUAAUAAGCAGAAGAAUUGUGACCUGUAUAUUCCAAUUUAUAUUGAAAAUAAUCUUUAUAAGAGUGAAAAUAAUCUUCAGUAUUGAGGCCGAACUAUAGUGAAAAUAAUGGUAUAAAUUAAGGCCGUAACGAGAACGAUCUUAUAUAAAUUGUGGUUGAUCUGUAGUGAAAACAUUCCUUAAGAUCAGUCUUUUGUGAAAAUAAUCUUAGAAAUUGAGGGCCGAUUUAUAGUGAGAACGAUCUUAGAAAUUGAGGGCCGAUCUAUAGUGAGAACGAUCUUAGAAAUUGAGGGCCGAUCUAUAGUGAGAACGAUCUUAGAAAUUGAGGCCGAUCUAUAGUGAGAACGAUCUUAGAAAUUGAGGCCGAUCUAUAGUGAGAACGAUCUUAGAAGUUGAGGCCGAUCUAUAGUGAGAACGAUCUUAUACAUUGAAACCGGUCCAUAGUGAAAAUAAUCUUAUAAAUUUUGGUCGAUCUAUAAUGAAGAUAAUAGACUCGACUACCAUGCGUCGGACUUGUAAAGGCCUUUGUUCGUGGCUUAAAACGUAACUGAUUGAAGAUUGUAGAGUUUUCAGUAAUACAACAGCAAACAUGAAAACGCUGUUUAGGAAAUAUUUCAACCAUCCACAAUUUUAGCUCAUAUAGCAACAUAUCUGUGAUAAAUUUGUACAUAAAAUAUAUUAAAAUAUUAAUCUGUGAUUGUAUCAUUCCUUUUUAUUUGUAUAAAUAUUUAAAUCUU